AUACUUAAGAUCAUUGAAAAAUAAUGAUACUUACUAUCGAUCUUUUCGCAUAACUAGUUUUAACAGCUUCUUGAAAUAAUUCAUCUUGAUCAAGAUCUUUAGUACUAUAAAUGGAUGGAUAAUCGUCAUAACCUGUAUAAAUGUCAUCAUCAAUAAUUCCAGCUGCAGCCAUUACGUAUAAUUACAAUUUUUUACCGAUAUUUUAAAUAUCACUAUUUAUUAUAUUUGAAAUUAUUAAUACUAUAUAUUAAAAAAUCUAAUGCAAAGAUUAGUAUAAAGUUACAAUAUAAGAUGGCGUCAAAUAUGAUGACUCUAGCGCACCUAUUGUUGAGAUACUAAGGAUUAGUGAUAUAAAAUGUAAUACUUAACCUUAUAUUCACUUAAAGACGUAUGUCUCCUACCGAAGACUGCUAUACUUACAUGAGAUAUAUAUGUAAAUUGUAUAAAUAAAUUGUAUAAAUAAUUAUACAAUAUAUUCUAUAUGUACUUAUAAAUAUAAUCUACGAGAAACAACAUAAUAUUUCUAUUUCAGAUAAAGCAAAAUGAAACUAACACAAGCAUUAAGGAAAUAUCAUUUGGGUAGAUUAAUUAGAAAAGUAUGGUUUGACCAGCGUGACAGAAAAAUUGUGGAGAAUAAUCUAGAAAGUAAAUUAUCAACACUGAACAUAAAAAUUAUAGAUCCCAUUGAUUUAAUUCAACCAAAGAAAGAGUUUGUAAAGAUAGAACCAGAAUAUAUUUAUAAACAAUUAAAGUUUGACAACACCCAUCCUGAUUGGAAAGAUAGAGCUUGUUUAAGCUAUAAGGAUCACAAUGUCUUACAACAUGGCGUAUCUCAAGCACAACUAUUAUUAAAAACUAUUCAUAUAAAAAAUGAACUUCCACAACAAAUUAAAGAAAAAGAGAUGGAUCUUUCAGAUGAUAUACAUCGUUUAGUUGAAAGAACAAUUUAUACGUCCGUUAUGUUUGAUGCACAUCAAGAGCUAUUACCAAAAAAAAAAGAUCCAAACAGACCAGCAUGGAAUUUUCCUAGAGAUUAUGGUGUGACAGAUAUAAGAAAAACGCACAAUUUAUUCAAGAAACUACUUCAAAUUUGUGAAUGUGUAUGUGGUCCAGAGAUUGUACGAACUCGUUCUAUUUUUCAUAACGGAAUUAUAAAUAUUUCAAUAGAAAAAGAAUUAAAUCUAUUGCAAUUUGCAUUAACAUUUGAUUUAACAAUUAUAUCAACAAAGCCUUUAACAAAGAUAGAAGAUCAAAAUGCUCAUACAGAAUUAGAUUUUCCAAGUAUAUAUCCAUUUUAUCCUACAGUUAGCUUGGAAAAAAUAAAUAUUUAUGGAAACGAAGAUUUAUAUCCUAUUGAGACAACAUCACCUUGGCCAAAUAUUCAUACCAUAUUUAUAAGUCACAAUCCAGAAGAAGUAAAAAAUCUUUCUGAGCUACCAGUAAUUGAAGAUCAAAUACAUGCACGUUCUUUGAUAAAAUCAUUUACUGCAGCAGCAGCUAAUGCACGUCAAAAAUAUGGACCCGAUAUUAAACAUUUACCAGAACCAAUAAUUGUGCAAUGUAUUCAAUCAAACGGAAAAAAUUUUCAUUUUUCAGUAUUUCAACUUAAUACUCUAGAUAUAAAUAAAAUAGAAGGUAUUAGAAAUUUCUGGUGGUCUAGUCCAACAUUACAGCUAUAUGAAAAGGCGUGUUAUGAGUAUUUAGAAGAGCUUUAAAAAGACUUGUUAUUGGGAUACUAACUUCAACCUCUUUAGGUUUUACUAAAAGUCGAUGAUCUUGUGAUGGCUUUAUUAAAUCUCCUGCAGAUGGAUAAGGUUUAGAAUAAAAAUAUAUAUGUUGCAGUGUCUAAAAUAUAAAAUAAUACAGGAUAGUAUAGUUAUAAAUUAAUGUUUUAAGAGAAACAAUAAUAUAAAAAUUAAUAUACUUCUUUAGCAGAAAGACGGUUUGAUGAAUUAUAUAUAAGAAUUUGUUUAAUUAAAUCAAUAGCUUCUGGUUCAGCAUCCUGUAUAAUGUUUUCCCACGUUGUACCUUUAUUAUAUGGAAAUGUAAUUUUAUUGUAAUCAGGUAAUGUAAUCAAUUCUGGCCAUGAUUCAACAGUAGGAGAUCCUAAAUAUUUUAAUACUAUUGCUAAUUGUUCAAUAUCUGUUUCUCCCUGCAAUUUAUCUAUAUGUAAAUUUAUAUAAAUUUAUAAAACAGAUCGACUUACUGGAAACAAAGGUGAAUUAUUAAGCAUUUCACCAAAAAUACAACCAACAGACCACAUAUCAAUAGCUGAUGUAUAAUAUCUUGCUCCAUACAAUAAUUCAGGGGCUCUGUACCAUCUUGUAGCAACUUGGUGAGAAUAUGGUUUAGAAAUAUCUUGCCACAUUAAUCUUCCCAAUCCAAAAUCAGCUAUUUUUAAAAUACCUUCAUUAUUUAUCAAUAAAUUAGCAGGUUUUAAAUCCUAUAGAAAAAGUAUUUCUUAUAAAACUACCAUAUUUAUUUCAAAGUUAUAUUUAAUAUAAACAAUGUACCCUGUGUAUUAUAUUUUUUCCAUGUACGUAUGCUAUACCCUCUAAAAGCAUUUUCAUAUAUAUUUUUAUUUGUGGUAUUGUUAAUGAAAUAUUAUUAUCUUUUAAUAUUUCCCAUAAUCCUGUAGGCAUAUACUCAAAAACCAUUAUAUAAUCUAAACCUAAUGGAAAAGUAUCUAAUAGUUCUAUGACCUGUAAUAAUACAACAAUCUACAUAUAAUGAUUUUAAAUAAUAAGUGUUAAUAUAAACUAAAAUAUAAAAAUGAAAAUAUUGUCAUA